UGACAGGUGAGCCUGAGCUGCAGACUCCUCUCUUCGUAGUGUUCUCAGAGAUUUGUUUCAUCGCUGUGCUGGGUGAUGCUGGGCUGAUCACACUGAUCACGACAAGCCCCCAGCUGCACGCUCCCAUGUACUUCUUUCUCUGCAAUCUAUCUGUUGUUGAUCUUUGCUACUCCACUGUCUUUUCUCCAAGGCUGCUUAAGUUCUUGCUGAAUAAUAAAGCCAUUUCCUACUCUGCCUGCUUCACCCAGCAUUUCUUUUUCCUCGUGUCUGUGACCACAGAGGUGCUCUUGCUGGCCGUGAUGGCAUACGACCACCACAUAGCUAUUUGCAGCCCCUUGCUCUACAUUAUUUCCAUGCCCAAGCUUUGCAUGAAGCCUGUGGCUGGCUCGUGCCUGGGGGGCAUUCUGAACUCACUAACCCAGACGUGCUGCUUGCUGUGCUUGCCGUUCUGUGGCCCCAGUAUCAUCAACCAUUACUUCUGUGACACCAACCCCCUGCUGAAGCUCACCUGUUCUGAUGGCCACCUCCAUGAGCUUCUGCUCAUCACCUUCAAUGGGCCGCUUCCCACGACUGUGCUCCUGGCCGUCACCUCACAUGCAUAUAUCCUCGUCUCCAUCCUGAGCAUCAGGUCUGCCAGGGGACGACACAAAGCCUUCUCCACUUGUGCCUCCAACCUGCUGACUGUCACCUUAUUCUACGUGCCUGCUGGCCUCAGCCACAUGCAGCCAGGCUCCAAGAGCUGCUGGAUGUGGAGAAGAUUCAGGGCAGUGUUUUACACCUUGCUUGUUCCUAUGCUCAACCCUCUGAUCCACAGCUUGAGAAAUAAGGAUGUCAAGAACACACUCAGGAGAGCAAGAGAGAAAAUAUUCUCUCAAGCUGCUCACUGUGUAUUCUGA